CAUCACCGGCGCAAGGGAUGAAGGAUCUACCAGAUGGCGAUUGACAGAUUUUGCAAGAUGAUUUGGUGGUUCAUGUGGGUUCGCCGCGUGCCAUGCUCGUCUUACGCGAGGCAAUGAGAGCUGAGGACCAAACACAAGUUCAUCACAAUCACUCAGCGGGCCAGCGUCGGCUUUAUUACGUUCGAAUUUACGAGGUGAAGGAUGAACGGCAGUUCCACAAGACGUUGCCUUCCGCUACUUGGGAUGGCGGCGCGCCGCUGACAGAAAACUGCCUGAAGUCGCCGAGUCGUGAACAUGGUCAGGCUGUCCCUACUAGCGAGGCUGCGCGCACGUCACUGGUCCAUCAGUCGCACACCAACAGCCAGGACAGGGCUGCGGGUGCGGCCAUCAACAGACAAAAGAUCGAUGCAAGAGCGGAACCAGCCCUAUCUCAAAUUGCGACGGGCAACAGCAGACAGGCACCCCCUGGGUGUACAGGAUUCAGGAUGCGGACGUGGGUCGACGUUUGAGUGGAUGUUGCGCGCUGCGUUCACGAGGAUGCAUGUCCAUCGAGAAUGUGCGGGAGCGUGCAGCAGCUCACCGGCGGAGCAGCAGGCCUCGGAUGGGCGGUGGUGCAGGUGGGCCAACACGGAGUGCAACACGACCAGCACGACGACAGGCUCGUGCAGUGACGGCGAUGAUGGUGAGCUGUCGUCGCAGCGUGGUGCAAGUGGUGCAAACGAAACAGUGCGCAGCAGGAGACGGCCCGCGUGGAUUGAGUCGCGCACAUCGCAGGCCCUUAUCGCUCCGAGGAGGGCCCUUCCACGUACCUAGCGGUGUUCUUGCAUGCUGCAAACGAGGGGAACAUGACCAUGACGGCGACGCUGCGGUGGAGUGCUGCAACGUGCUGUGGCACGGCAAAAGCAGCAAGCCGCAGCGUGCAUUGAGAGACGCCGUGCAGGCGCGAACGCGAGCGUACGGCGAUGGUGAGUCUAGCGGUGCUGGC